AUGAAGAUAGACGUCGUCGUUUAUGAAAUUCUGAAGCUGUUGAAGCAAAUAGAGGCAGCUCUUCAGCCACUGAAUGCCUGCUGCUGUCUCAGAGAUGGAAGUUUGCAAGCUGGCUCCACUUGUGCCAUAGCAGGUCAGCACCAACACAGGUCUGGCUGGCCACCUGCCCCUAACAGGCGACCCCAGGACAGUGGCAACUUCAAGAUCUCAGGGGUCCGCAGGCCUGGCACCGUCAAUUGCCCCGCUCACCAGCAAGAAGCGGGCUGUGAAAACCCAGGUCCCCAGGCUGCUUUUGGUCUUCGUGGGUGCUCCAUGCAAAAUGAGAAUACUGGAAGGAGUCCUAGCCACGGCCAACAUGUCUGCAGUACCUGGGGGAACAACCACUUCAAAACUUUUGAUGGAGACUUCUACCAGUUUCCGGGUGUCUGUGACUACAACUUUGUUUCCGACUGCCGAGAGUCUUACAAAGAGUUCUCUGUCCAUAUCCAGCGAGAAGUGAAUAACAACGGCCACCCUGACAUCCAAUAUGUUCUUGUCACAAUUAAGGAUGUUGCAAUCUACCUCACUCACAAGUUGGUUGUGGUGGAUGGGCAAAUCACCAAGACUCCAUACUAUAGCUCUGGAAUUUUGGUUGAGAAGAACGAUAUGUAUAGUAAAGUCUACUCCAGAGUGGGCCUCAUCCUGAUAUGGAACAGAAAAGAUGCCUUGAUGGUUGAGCUCGACAGCAGCUUUAACAACCAUACAUGUGGUCUUUGUGGGGAUUAUAAUGGCCUCCAGAUCUAUAAUGAAUUUAUCUCUGAUGGCCUGAAAUACAACCCCAUCACAUUUGGAAACCUUCAGAAGAUCAACAACCCCAAAACAGUAUGUGAAGAUCCUGAUGAGACACAGCCUGUUGAACUUUGCAACCAACAUCGUGAUGAGUGUGAGAAGCUGCUGACUUCUUCAGCUUUUGAGGAUUGCCAGGGCCGCCUUAAUCUGGAACAGUACAUUCGAGCUUGCAUGCAGGACAGAUGCGCUUGUAAGAGAGCCGAAGACGCCUUCUGCGUCUGCAGCACCAUCUCGGAGUAUUCUCGCCAGUGUUCCCAUGCUGGUGGCAAGCCGCAGAACUGGAGGACAGCGCAACUGUGCCCUAUGUCAUGUCCUGGGAACAUGGUCUACAAGGAAAGUGGUUCACCGUGUAUGGACACCUGUUCACACCUGGAGAUCAGCAGACUAUGUGAAGAGCACUACAUGGAUGGCUGUUUUUGCCCCGAUGGCACAGUCUAUGAUGACAUCACUGGGCAAGGCUGUGUGUCCAUAAGCCAAUGCCACUGCAAAAUUCAUGGGAAGCUAUAUUCUCCUGGUCAGAACAUCACCAAUGACUGUGAAAGCUGCACCUGUUCAUCAGGUAGAUGGAUAUGCCAGGACUUACCCUGCCCACGAACAUGUUCAUUGGAGGGUGGCGCUCACAUUACUACCUUUGAUGAGAAGAAGUAUACAUUCCAUGGAGACUGCUACUAUGUGUUGACCAAGAGCAGUAAAAAUGACUCACAUGUACUCUUAGGAGAGCUGAGCCCUUGCAGUCCUACAGAGAAACAGACAUGCCUGAAGACAGUUGUUCUAUUAACAGAGCACAAGCAAAAUGUUGUAGUCUUCAAAGCAGAUGGCACAGUAUUGCUGAAUGAGAUGCCGUUGAACUUGCCUUAUAAAGGAGCCAGCUUCUCGGCUUUCCAGCCAUCGUCCUACUACAUCAUUGUGCACACGCAUUAUGGCCUCAAGCUGCAGAUCCAGCUGGCUCCAAUUAUGCAGUUGUUCAUUAUUGCAGAUCAGUCUGCCAAGGGACUUCUCCAAGGUCUUUGUGGGAAUUUCAAUGGAAUAGAGAAUGAUGAUUUCAAAACAUCUGGAGGACUGGUUGAAGCAACAGGGGCUUCCUUUGCUAACACCUGGAAAGCACAAGCCAGCUGCGCUGACCAGGUGGAAAAGUGGGACAACCCUUGUGCCCUUAGCAUUGAACAUGAGAAUUAUGCUGAACACUGGUGUUCUUUACUGAAAAGUACAGAAGCUCCUUUUGCCAGAUGUCACUCAGUCAUUGAUCCAUUAGAUUAUUAUAAGCGCUGCAAGUAUGACGCCUGCAACUGCAACUCCAACGAGAGGUGCUUGUGCGCUGCCCUCUCAUCUUAUGCAAGAGCCUGCGCCUUCCACGGAGUCAUGCUGUGGGGCUGGAGGGAACACAUCUGCUACAAAGAAGAGACCUCUUGCCCAGCCAGCCAAGUCUUCCUCUACAAUCUGACCACGUGCCAGCGCACCUGCCGCUCUCUUUCGGAAGGCGACAAGCACUGCUUGCUCGGCUUCACGCCCCUCGAUGGCUGUGGCUGCCCUGCUCAUACCUACAUGAACGAGAAAGGCAUCUGCGUGCCCAUGUCUCAGUGCUCGUGUUAUUACAAAGGGACAUUUGUGGAGGCUGGAGACUUUGUGAUGAAGCAAGACCAGCGGUGUAUUUGCAAAAAUGGAAGACUCCUUUGUGUAGAAGUGGGAACACCAGAUCAUGGAUGUUCAAACAAUAAGACAUAUUUUGACUGCAACAAGAAUGAGACUUGGUCGUAUCAGUCUCCAGUUCUACUCAGCUGCCAAACACUGGGUACCGAACAUUUCCAAACGGAGUGCAUCUCAGGGUGUGUGUGCCCUGAGGGACUGAUUGAUGAUGGGAGAGGCAACUGUGUUAAGGAAGAGGACUGCCCAUGCAUUCAUAACAAUGAGUUCUAUUCCUCUGGAAAACAAAUAAAAGUGGACUGUAAUACAUGUACUUGCCAAAAAGGAAGCUGGAAGUGCACUGGCAUUGCCUGCUAUGGGACAUGUAACAUUUAUGGAAGUGGCCAUUACGUCAGCUUUGAUGGCAGAAUCUAUGAUUUUGAGGGUAACUGUGAAUAUGUGGCUGUGCAGGAUUACUGCGGCAACAAAGAGGGAACAUUUAGUGUCAUCACAGAAAAUGUCCCAUGUGGAAACACAGGAGUUACUUGCUCCAAGGCCAUUAAAAUUUUUCUAGGGAACACUGAGCUGAAGUUUGAAGGAACAAAGAUAGAAAAAUUUGUUCUGAAUAACCGUAGUGAUGUGACUCAUUUGAUUCGUGAGCGUGUUGGACUGUACAUUGUGGUUGAAAGCAGCAAUGGCAUUGUUCUCAUCUGGGACAAGAAGACUACCAUAAUCAUCAAGCUAACACCACGUUAUCAGGGAAAAGUGUGUGGUUUGUGUGGAAACUUUGAUGGCAAGGCCAGCAACGACUUCACAACUAGGAGCAUGGUUCAAGUGAAUGAUGCAUUGGCCUUUGGAAAUUCAUGGAAAAUGGAUCCCGCUUGCCCCGACGUGGAAGUAAAUAUUGAGCCCUGUGAAGUGAGACCCCAUCGCAGAUCCUGGGCAGAGAAAGAGUGUAGCCUCAUCAAAAGCGAGUCUUUUAAAACAUGUCAUUAUAAGGUGAAUCCGGAACCAUACUAUGAAGCCUGUGUGCAUGACUCAUGUGCCUGUGACAGCGGUGGAGACUGCGACUGCUUCUGUGCGGCUGUUGCUGUCUAUGCACAGGAAUGCAUCAAAGCUGGAGCUUGUGUCAGCUGGAGAACUCCUGAGAGAUGCCCAAUCUUCUGCGAGUACUACAAUCCUUCGCCAGAGGAAUGCACUUGGCACUAUGAGGCUUGUGGACGUGACAUUACAACUUGCCAGGUCCUUGGUCAAGUUGCAACCAACUUUACAUUGCCAUACCUGGAAGGCUGCUAUCCAAUCUGUCCUCCGGAGGCCCCUGUCUUCAAUGAGUGGACCUCGUCGUGUGUGCCUGGGGACCUCUGUGGCUGCUAUUAUGAAGACAUGCACUACCCAAAUGGCUCCCUGAUACCCACAUACAAACCCCAAGAACUGUGCCAGGAAUGUUUCUGUGUUGCAGUGGGAACAGUGCACUGUCGGCCUAAAAAUGGCUGCUGCAUUUAUGAGGACAAAGAGUACAACGUGGGAGACAUCAUCACGGAGAGAAAUGGAUCGCUCUGUUUUGAAUUAAUAUGCACAUUAUCAGGUGCCUUGGAGGUUCAGGGAGUACACCCCUGCAGCACAACAGUGCCUCCCACAACCACUAUUUCAACUACCUCUUCCACCACUAUCACAACCACAACUCCUACAACAACCACUUCAAUUACAACAACUCCAUGCAUCUGCGAAUGGACUCAAUGGUACGAUGUCAGUACUCCCACAAAUGAACCAGGAGGUGGUGACUACGAGACAUAUGAAAUUAUAAGAAGUAAAGGAUAUGACUUUUGUGCAGCCCCCCUGGAUAUUCACUGCAGAGCUAAAGAUGCACCUGACCAAACUCUGGAAGAGCUGGGACAGAAAGUGGACUGCAACGUUACCUAUGGAUUAAUUUGCCGAAAUGAGGACCAGGAUCAGAGUCUUUGGAACCUCUGCUAUGAUUAUGAGAUCAGUGUGUUCUGCUGUCCAGUCCCAUGCUCAACUACAACAGGGAUUACAACCACAACCAGAACUCCUACCACUACAACACCACCCACUACCACCAAACCAAGUACUACCACACCAACCACCACAAUGCCAACCACCACUCCUAUUAUUACUUCCACACCAUUGACCAGCACGUCAACUGUUUCUCCAAGUACAACCACAGCAACAACAGAAAGCACUUCAAAACCAGCGACGUCACUGUUCCCCUUUUUCUACCCCUCUCUUGCAGCUGCUUGUCCUGACACUGAAAUAUGCGAGUGGUCGGACUGGAUCAAUGUGAGCGAGCCAACCCCUGGGCCACUAAAUGGUGACUAUGAAACCUACGACAACAUCAGAGCGCACGGCAUAAUCAUCUGCCACAAGCCGGACAACAUCUCCUGCAGGGCAAGGAAGUUUCCGCAAUACCCCAUCGAAGCCCUAGGACAAAAUGUGACAUGUAACGUGUCGACCGGGCUUAUUUGCAAAAACAAAGACCAGGUUCCCGGGCCUGUCAUGCCUGCCCCAGUGUGCCUGGACUACGAGAUCAAGGUUUACUGCUGCAGAUGCGGAUCCACGCCAACCAACACCGCUCCCACGACAUCCACCUCUUCCAGGAGUCCUUCCCCCACCACCCCCACUCCCACUCCCACAUUGUCCACCACCCCCAGCUCUCCUUCUACACCAUCCACCACUCCUGGUACGGCUUCCACACCACCCACAGCAUCCUCUACACCAACAACCAUUUCUCCAAGUACAACUACUACUACGACAGAAAGCACGACAGCUGGCUGCAUCGUGUGCUACUGGUCCCCGUGGGUCAGUGUGAGUAAACCAAAUUACAACGACAAGGAUGGCGGAGACAACGAAACUUACGCCAAUAUCAGAGAAAAGGGCAUCCACGUUUGUGGGCAGCCGUCCAACAUCUCAUGCAGAGCCAAAGACUUCCCCAACACCUCCCUCAAGGAACUGGGGCAAACCCUGACCUGCGACGUGUCCUCUGGACUCCUCUGUCUAAACAAGGACCAGACCCCCGGGGGAGUGGCGCCGAUGUGCCUGGACUACGAAAUUAGCUUUUACUGCUGUGACCCCUGCAUCACCACGACAACUGGGACAACGGGGACAAAUGGGACAACCGGGACAACCGAGAGCUCCAUGACACGAGUCCCACCUGGAAGCACAACGUCGACGACCCCAGGGACAACAGAGACAACAGAACCGUGCACCACAGAAGAACCAGAACCAUAUUCCAGCAGUACUCCAGGUGCAAUUAUAGAGGAGGGCAUUCACAGAGGAGUGUGUUUUCUUGUCAAUUGUUCAUGGUGGUGUGAAAUAGAAUAUCACUAUUGGGAUUGUUCAACCACACCCUCAUCAGCACCAACCACACCUGCAUCAGGGCCAACCACACCCUCAUCAGGGCCAACAACAACCUCAUCAGGGCCAACCACAACCUCAUCAGGGCCAACAACAACCUCAUCAGGGCCAACAACAACCAUGCCAACUACAACUAGCAAUGGUACUCAGACUAUAUAUACACAACAUCCUAUACAUUCAUCUCCUCCUACUCAACCUAUAAAAGAGCCAUCAUGUGGGGAUAUUCCGCCAGGAGGCUCAGAGUGGAUAUGUGAAUGUGUGGAAGCCAUAUGCAUUUCUAAUGACACCUGGCAGCUGAAGAAAAAAGAAUGCAUUCCACCUGAAAAGCCCAAGUGUUCCAAUGGGCUUGCCCCUGUGCCUGUGCAGGAUGCGGAUGGAUGCUGCUGGCACUGGGAAUGUGACUGUUAUUGCACUGGCUGGGGAGACCCACAUUACAUGACAUUUGAUGGCUUCUACUAUAGCUUCCAAGGGAAUUGUACGUAUGUCCUUGUGGAGGAGAUUAUAAAAAAACACGGAAACUUUGGAAUAUAUAUUGAUAACUACUACUGUAGCCCACAUGAAACUGUCUCUUGCCCACGUACACUCAUUAUUAAGUAUGAAACCCAUGAAGUGCACAUUAGAACAGUGCGACAGAUCCCAAUGACAGUUCAGGUGCUUGUGAAUGGGGUGCUAGUGGCUCUACCUUUCAAUAAACAUGGCAUGAACAUUUACGUGUCAGGAUUAAACCAUGUGGUAGAAAUUCCGUUCCUGAGGACAAAUGUGACCUACAAUGGCAUGGCAUUCACAAUUAAAAUGCCCUAUCACAUAUUUAGCAACAACACCCAGGGACAAUGUGGUACAUGCACCAACAGCACCGCAGAUGACUGCAUGUUGCGCAGCGGACUUCUUGCAGAGACCUGUGAAAUAAUGGCUGAUGACUGGAUUGUCCAAGAUCCCAACAAGCCUUCAUGCCCUCAUGCCCCCCCAGUUGUGAGACCAACAACCACAGUGCCCUGCACCCCAUCGCCACUCUGCGAGCUUAUUAAGGAAAGUGCAUUCCAGAAGUGUCACGAGGCUGUUUCUCCUGACUCCUACUAUGCAGCGUGCACAUUUGAUAGCUGCAUGGUGCCUGGCCAGAACAUGGAAUGCGCAAGUCUUCAGAACUAUGCAGCAACCUGUGCAGACCAAGGCGUAUGCAUUGACUGGAGAGGUCUUACCAGUGGCGCAUGUCCUAUCCACUGUGCAGCCGGCAAAGUUUACAAAGCAUGUGGUCCUUCUCAAGAGCAAACCUGCAAAUCAGGCUUAAUUGGACUGAACCAAACCCAGCAGAUAGAAGGCUGCUUCUGCCCUGAGGGGACAAUGCUUUAUGAGGCAGGUUUGGAUGUCUGUGUGGAAACCUGUGGAUGUGUUGGACCAGAUGGUAUACCAAGGAAGUUCGGGGAGAAGUUUCAGUUUGACUGCAAGGAUUGCAUUUGCCUGGAAGGAGGCAGGAGCAUCAUCUGUGAGCCCCAUACCUGUCCUGCAGCACCAGAUAAAACACCCUGUGAAGGAGAAGGCUUCCACGAAGUCACUCAGGUCAAUCCUGAUGACAAAUGCUGUUCUCACACUGUUUGUGUGUGUAACUCCAGUGCCUGCACCACCCAGCCUCCGAAGUGCUCUGCAGGGUUUGAAGUGGUUGCUGACACACUCCCAGGCAGCUGCUGUCCUGUUUAUCAGUGCUCUCCCAAAGGAGUUUGUGUGCAUAAUGGUAAUGAAUACAAGCCUGGCUCGCAGAUUUUUGCAGGGAAGUGCAAGGAAUGCGUGUGCACCCAGCAGCAAAACAGCAGCACUCAGCUCAACAUCAUCCACUGCGACCAAGUCUCAUGCAAUGUGCACUGUGACCCAGGAUACACUCUUAUGCCACAGCCUGGAGAAUGCUGUGGGAAAUGUAUUCAAACAAGCUGCAUUAUAGAAACAGUCGAUAAUAACUUCAUCAUCUUAAAUGCUGGUGAACGCCAGAGUGAUCCAAAGAACAACUGUACCAUUUACAGCUGCCAGAGGAUCAACAUGCAGCUGAUUUCCUCCACCUCUUCAAUAAGCUGCUCACCAUUUAAUGAGGAGAAAUGUCAGCCUGGUACUAUUACAUUGUUGCCCGGUGGCUGCUGCAAAACUUGUAUACCUUCUGCACCAGAAAAACCACCUUUAUGCUAUGCUGCAAAAACAAUGGACUAUAUUUCGUAUGGUGGCUGCCGGUCAGAGGUUCCAGUCCCUGUGGCUCAGUGUGAGGGAAGAUGUGGAACUGCUUCAAUAUACUCUGCUGAAACCAACUCAAUGCAGCACAGGUGCAGUUGCUGCAGAGAGGCAAAGGCAACUCAGAAGCAAGUCACACUGAUAUGUCCUGACGGAACCAGGAAGACACACAGCUACCUCUUUGUGGAAAGUUGUGAGUGUCUGGACAGCAUGUGCGAGGUGCCAUGGUCAUCAGAAAGAACUGGGAAGCUGACCACACAAGCUGAGCAGCGUGCUGUGAAGCGUCGCAGGAGGGCAAUCAAAUAA